AUCCAAUCAUUUAUUUUUAAACUGAAAAGCCAACAAAAUAUAAUUAAGAAGAAAAAAUGAAGAAGAGCUUAUAACCUUACAGCAAAUUGCAAAAAUAAAAUAUUAAAACAUGAAUUACAGUAUAUUUAAUAAUUUAAAUAAACAAUUCCUGAGUAGAAGUAUUAGAUGUUUUCUUAAGAAAGAGGGUCUUUUAACUACUGCACUGCCAAUUAAUCGUCAAAAAUAUAGUACAAAUGGUUCUCCUCCAAAACCAAGAGCUCCAGGCAAAGGAAUCGGGCCGAUAACGUGGAAAAAUCUUGCCAUUACUUCAGUAUUAGGAGGUAGUUUACUAGCAUUUAUGUGGUAUAUAAAGAGAGAAAAAGAGGAAGCUCAAAUGAAGGAGCGGCAACGCAUGUUAGGAAAGGCUUCCAUUGGUGGACAAUUUGAAUUAGUUGAUAGCAAUCGAAAGCUUCGUUCUAGUGACGAGUUCCUUGGAAAUUGGUUAUUGAUAUAUUUUGGGUUUACACACUGUCCCGAUAUUUGUCCUGAUGAAUUAGAGAAAAUGGCUGCAGUCAUUGAUAAGUUAGAUGCAGCAGAUGAAAUGCCUAAAAUUCAACCACUUUUCAUAUCAGUGGAUCCAAAUAGAGACACACCAGAAGUAGUUGGUAAAUAUUGCAAAGAGUUUAGUCCUAGACUUCUGGGAUUAACUGGUACCGAAGAGCAAGUUUCGAAAGCUUGUAAAGCCUAUAGAGUAUAUUUCAGUGCUGGACCAAAAGACAGCGACAGUGAUUAUAUUGUUGAUCAUACUAUAAUAAUGUAUUUAGUGAAUCCUGAUGGAGAGUUUGUGGAUUAUUAUGGGCAAAAUCGAUCAGCUUCAGAGAUUUCCACAUCAAUAAGAGUAAAUGUUUUGAAAUAUAAUCAGGCACAUAAACGUUUAUUUUAAAGACUUAUAUUGUACAGUUAGUAUAUGAAUGUUAAAUAAAAAAUUAUUUUUAAUGAUUA